CAACGUCAACAUCGUCGGUCCUUCCUUACCUGGAAAAUGACAACCAGAAACCAAUGCAGACCUCUCCUUCUUCUCUGCCGCGAACUGUGAUUACCUAGUCCCCAUUGUUUCUGUCACCCCUCUGCCUCUCACACUGUCCUGGUCAGUGGUCAGUCAGGAUGAAGUUGAAGCCAUCAGAAAGGCGCUUUCCGCGCCAGGUUCUCCGGUCAUUCUCCAGCUGUUUAAAUGGUUGAUCGCGUUGGUUUCGCUUUCACAAACAACGAAUCGAUCACGACGUUCUUGUACGCUGUCAUACUUGGAAUACUUUGCUACUCGGACAUCACAUCAUCACAUCAUCACAUAUACGAAAAGCACCAAGAAAAGUUGACCCCCAUUUCUUUUCGCGCCCAACAUCUUCGCUCAGUAUCCCGACUACUUGCCCGAUGUCAACUUCUUCGGUACCUCCACCCGACAUGGAUCGAGGCAGCUUUGAACAAUUCCCCAAACUGCCCGGUGAACUUCAAGACAUGAUCUGGUUGGCCUCGAUGAACUCUGCCGCCAGACUUGUUCGUGUCGACCUGGUUGAGGUGUCUGACGCCGUUCCCCCACGAUGUAUCCCAACAAAAUGGCGUCUUCCCCCGGCACCCAGCCUAAUGCACGCAUGCUCGCGGUCCCGAACAUAUUUGGGAAGACAUGAUGAUGGCUACAAGAAGCUUCUUCUUCGCCCCAAGGCUCAUCCUCCGGGCAUCGGCUAUACCACUGCCUACGUCUGGUUCAAUGUCCACACCGACGUCCUGAGCCAGCGCUUGUUUGUCUUGACAGACAUGGAUGCGUUUGCGACACCCUUCGAUGCGUUUGAUCCAGACACCCCAGAUCCCUUUACCGCGACCAUUCUUGCGCAGGGGCAUCCAGAUUCGUGGACCUUUCGCCCUAUCUUUGAUGUCGAAGCCUCUUUCACUGGGGUUGCAGCUCCUUUCUUCGAUCAUUUUCUCGGACAAGAUCUCAGCGGCCUCAUCCCUAAGAUUCUAAAUCCCUCCUCGAUCCGUCAUAUGCACUUCGAUAUCACGGUUUUCCCGGAUGGCCAUUUGAUCAGACACGAGUACUUGCAAGGCGACAUACACCCAACCGCAAGCUUCGUUUCCGAUCUCUUACGUAAAUGUUCACGCCCAAACGUGAGUAUAACACUCAGCAUCGACACCUGCGACUGGCAACGGCCCGAUGACGCGCCCUUAAUGAGCCUCCGCCUUAUCCCACAUAGAAGCGAAUACCGAUUACCGGCACACCGCUUUGAGGAGACAGAGCCUUUUGUCAUUUUGGGACACGGCAUGCCAAUACCCGACCGUUUUAAUCCUCUUGAGUGGCUUCUGAGAACCGACAAAGCAGUUCAGUGCUUGCCGCUCCCGUCACCUCCCUAUCAAUUUGACGAGAGAAAUUGGCAGCUGUUCCGCGUAAUGGACCCUCUCUCAAAUGAUGUGCAUUUUGAUGACUUCGGCCAUCAUGUGCCAUCUUUAAGAUUUUACUUGUUCAGGUUGUUGGACCACAUACAUUUCCAAUGCGAGCGAGAGGCUCAUGUUUUUGGAUCAAACUACUCUAUGGCUGAAAGGGUAACCCUCCUGCUAACAGAAUCCUAUCAUUACACCUUUCAGGACUACCUGUACGGGGGUCUUUGUGGCCCCGGAUACGGUAUGGGAAGAGCGGGCGAGGUAUUUAGGAACGGUGGACUUGACAGAGAAAGGCUCCUGGGUUUGGGUUCGGACAACGAUUCGGACAACGAUUCGGACAACGAUGAUGCGGGCAGUGGUUCAGUCAGCGAUGCGGUCAGCAAUUUGUUCAACGAUCCGGUCGGCGAUUCGUAUUUCUUUGACGAGGCUUACGUUGAGGAAUGAUGUUCGUCUAAUCCUUUGUCCUUACUAUUUGGAAAGCUAUCCGGACAACUAUCAGGACAGCGAGUGACGACAGAAAGGAUUGCGGAGACAGGAACAAAACAGGGGACAAAGCCAAAGGGGUGCAAGCAGUAGUUUUGUGACAAGCACGUCUUGGAUCAGGGUAGCCAUGAGGAUAGCCAGUAUUGGUUUGGGUUCGCUUUUCCACCUGCGAAAUAGGCAAGAUUGCCAGUCAAAGCGACAUUGUUUGUAAUCAGGCUUAGAUGCAUUCUUCUUUGCGCAGUAAAAGGGACAAAGUCCCCUUGCUGAGGAUUUGGCAAACGAGAGCCUGCCAUAGCGUGUCAAUAUUCACUUUUUAA